UUUUUAUCUGGAGCAUCUUAAGUCAUGACCAACAUCGUACUAUGUAAUAAUACAACUUGCGGAAGUGGAAUACCUUAAUAUGGCCAAAGUUCCUUGUAGCUAAUAUUUAAUAUACGCUGUCGUCAUAUAUGCACUCCCAAUUGCACCAUGACAACUGCUCAGACUCCUACCUCUCGCCGACGGAAGCGAAGUCGUCUUGAAGAUGAAGAUGAGCUAGACUCGUCACCCGCCGUCACACCAAGCGUAUCCGCUUCUGUCAAGAGACGCCGCCUCGAUAGUCUUGCGAACGCCUCGCCCUCCACCCCGAAAGGCUUCUCUGCCAUUACUUCUGCCAUUGGCGGUGCUCUCGGACUAAAUCGAAAAGGGGGCGCGAAGGGUAGUACCCGCGCCAACCAGACGAAACCGACCACCGAUACUUCCUACAUAGUACCCGAAUCUCAAAGCGAUGGCGAAGCUAUUAAAAAGAUACAGAGCCUCCCCAUCAAGCAUAAGAAGCUCGGCCUCAGGCCACCAAAUAUUAGCCAACGUCUUCCUAGCAACAUCUAUGAGGUGCCCGAUUCGGAUGAAGAGGCAGGAGGUGCUCGAGGGACAGCAGAUGAGAGUCACGAUGAGAUUCAAUCUACACCGCCGGUAAAGAAGAGUACUGUAGGGACACCAAGCGCUUCCUCAAAGAAGAGUGUAAGCACACGCUUGUUGGAGUCCCGGAAAAAGGGGUCGGCUGUUCCAGUUCAGAAUGAGACUGAACAGGUAGAUACACCCAAAAAAAGGGGGAGGCCCCCGAAGGCUCAGAUUGCGGUCGAUGCGCUUGUCUCUAGCGCCAAACCGAAUAAAGCUCAGCUCCCAAGGCGCAAUGCGAAUGCUUCACCUGACAAGCCACCACCCAUUAAGGGGAUACUGUCGCCGCAAAAGAAAAGGUUAGGGCGACCACGCAAGAAUGUCGCUUUUAACGACGGAGAUAGUGGGAAGGAGAAUGAGGUUUUCUUUGAGGAUAUCCAGUCGAACCCCACGAAGCCGAAGGCCCGAGGAAAGGUCAUGGAAGCCGUCACUAUUAAUAAGCCAUCUCCUGAAGAAGAAGAAGCGAGUGAGACGCAAGAUAGCGAGGACGAUGAAGUAUGCGCCAUAUGCUCGAAGCCGGAUUCCGAGCCGCCGAAUGAGAUUAUCUUUUGCGAGAAUUGUGAUAUGGCGGUGCACCAGAAGUGCUACGAUGUACCUGUCAUUCCGGAAGGCGACUGGAUCUGUAGGAAUUGCUCGCAAGACGAUAUUCUACCAGGCGCGAAAGCGACUCCAAAGAAACAGAUACAUGUGACAAACGUGUCUGAAGUUCCCAGCAUUCCCAAUUUUGAGCAGCACCUACGACACAUGCAGCGCGUGCUGUUAGAUCGAUGUUCUGGAAACCGUCUCAUUAAGCUUUGUGGUCAGACCGAAGCUUACGACAAAGCGUUUCAACUAGUAGAACAGACGGUCUUAGCCGGCGAAGGCAAUUCGAUGAUGGUUAUUGGCGCGAGAGGGUCUGGAAAGACUACGUUGAUGGAAGAAGUCAUAUCGAAUCUCAGGGCUGAACAUCAGGAGGAAUUCCAUGUAGUUCGCCUCAAUGGUUUCAUCCACACCGAUGAUAAGCUAGCUCUUAAGGAGAUCUGGCGGCAACUCGGCAAGGAGAUGAAUCUUGAAGAUGAUCUGAUAAAUAAGACAAACAACUAUGCCGAUACAAUGGCUUCACUAUUAGCUCUCCUGUCUCAUCCCGCAGAAAUUACGGGAGCCGAGGACGGUGUAACAUCUAAGUCCGUCGUCUUCAUUAUUGACGAGUUUGACUUAUUUGCGACACACGCACGCCAAACACUGUUAUACAACCUAUUCGAUAUUGCUCAGGCAAGGAAAGCCCCCAUUGCAGUGGUAGGGUUAACUACAAGAAUAGAUGUGGUAGAGAGUUUGGAGAAGAGAGUAAAAAGUCGGUUUAGCCACCGAUAUGUCUACAUGUCUCUUCCAAAAACAUUACCAGCCUAUUGGGAUGUCUGUAAGCAGGGACUGUCUGUUGAUGAGGAGGAUCUUGGUCAAGAAGGGUUCGACACUAGUUUGGAAGGACUAUACGAGUUCCGAGAUUACUGGGAGAAGAAAAUCGAGGCUCUACGCAAGAACCCGAGUUUCGAGGACCAUUUAGAAUACCACUACUAUACGACAAAAUCUGUACCGGCAUUUCUUACAUCGUGCAUUCUACCUCUCUCAGUAGUUUCGACUUCCUCGCUGAAUCUAUCAAUACCUUCGCCCUCAUCAAUCAGCAUUUCGUUCGAACCUUCGGAAUCAAAACUUCAUCUUUUAGCAACACUGUCGGAUCUAGAGCUGGCGCUACUCAUUUCAGCAGCCCGUCUCGACAUCGUCGCUCAUACUGACACAGUAAAUUUUGCCAUGGCAUAUGACGAAUAUAGUUCCCAGAUGGGAAAGCAACGAGUGCAGUCAGCUUCGUCUGGUAUGCUAGCCCUGGGAGCGGGCGCAAGGACUUGGGGUCGAAGUGUCGCCGCAGUAGCCUGGGAACGGUUAGUGUCACUUGGCAUACUAAUACCGGCCGGUAUAGGAGGCCGGAGUAACGCUGCGCAUGGCGGUCUGGAGGGCAAGAUGUGGAAGCUCGAUGUUGUACUGGAAGAAAUUCCUACGGCAUGCGAGCUGCCGGGAUUCCUUUCCCGGUGGUGCAGUCAGAUCUAAGCUACCAUGGAGCUACUAUAGAUGGCUUGCGGCGUCGGGAUCUGAAUAAUGAAUGACCAUAAAACCGUUAGACCGGUCACCGCUCAGCCUGUCGGGGGCGAAGAUAGCCGCGAACUAGGUGACAAGAUAUAAAUACAUUUAUUUACACCAACUGUUGUACUAGUCUUUAUCG